GUGUGGACUCUGGAUGGACUUUACUAAGGAAAAUGGGCUGGAGGCCCAUAUGAGGCGAUGGAUAAUUGGAUACGAUACAAUCAGCCUACAGUGAGGUCAGAUCUAUCAAAUUCGUAACCCUUGUGCGAAGAGGAUAACUGGGAAAAGGGAGAUCACAUGGCGUUUAUAAUGGAGUUCGCCGAGAAUCUGGUACUCAAAUUGAUGGAGGAUCCUCGUGAGAGGGAUCGAAAGUUUAGAGAGCAUUUGUACACUCUCAAGGACAAGUGCGCCAAGACUAAAGAGAUGUGGGCCCUUCCUAUUCGCCCUUAUGGUUUCUGGACAUUUGAUAGGCAUAACUCUCAGAUCUUCUGGGAUUCUCAGAUUAGCCAGGUCCCUGGUCGUCGCGAUCCCUAUGAUGAUCUUCUUCAAGAUAAUAGUAACUCCUCCACCUGAUUCCGUAUUAUGUGAUAUGAUGAGAAGUGAAAGAUGAGGAAGACCAAUGGACUGAUACAUGUGAAGUUAAUUGGAUGCUGUUGGAUUUUAUUUUAUUUUUUUUUGGUGCAUGAACUUGUACUUCUGUGUAUUAUAUAAGUUAAUAAUCAUCCAUUAGUGAUUAUACAAUGGCUGUGCUGAAGCUAAAAUCCGUAUUAUGGUUGGAUGUAUACUGUUUAUUGGCAUGCUCUUUCGUGAA